AUGGGCGAACUCAACCGACAGUGCUUUCUACCCACCUACGAGCGCAAGGUAUCUCAACAGCUCGUCGAGGAUGAGAACCGAUUUCUCGGUGGCCUUGAGCUUAUUUAUGGGUCGUGGUCCUAUGACAACCCAAAGUUUGGGUGGACCAUCGAUGGCGAUCAGUAUGUCAUCAAGGUCAUGGCUGAAGAGCCAAAGGACUUGGAGGCCAAGUUGAAGGAGAUUGGACGUAUUAAGCAAGCACCAUAG